UUGAAACCAUCCUAAAGGUCCUUUUUCAUUAGUCUAGAGAUAGACCGGAUUAUUGCUAACUUAAGCAUCGUAGUGUCUACCCCGAGGACCCACCUCGGGGCUUUGCAAGUUUAUCCGAAGUGAAGAUGCAAAUUGAAGAAGGAUCUCUGGUUUGGUGCAAUUACAUUUGGCGUCGUCUGUGGGAAUCCGAACUGAAAGCUUUCUUGUUGCUCUCUCAUAAUGGUUAACACUCGAUCAGUCCGAGCUAGAAAUCCAUCUCCGCCUUUUGGACAAGGUCAAGUCCCCAAUAACCUUCCAUCUCACCUCCCACCUCCGAUCCCAAAUAUGUUCCCUUCUGUUGACCAUGCAGAAGGAGGAGAUGAAAACCAACCUUACAAUUCAGCUUCCACCGCUAACCAAGAUGUAGUUACAACUCAGCUUGUUACCAUGCAACAACAGUUUGGUGUCUUUCAGUUAGUAUUGGCUCAGCUCUUAGCUCGGAAUAACCCUGCUCUCAGUGAGUCUCAGGGCCAAUCUCAAAUAGCCCCAACUCAACAACCUCUCCCUGAUGAUGUCACUCGACGUCUGGAUAGUUUAGAAAGACUAGUCACUAAACAGCGAGGUGCCCCACCUCCACACCAUACUGCCGACUCCAUACCUCAUCCUCUGAACACCAACAUCACACUAGAACCCUAUCCCGCUGGCUCUAAAAUACCUCAACUUAAGACUUAUGAUGGGACAAAGGAUCCCGACGAUCACCUACAUGCUUUCUAUUCUUGUAUGCAAGCUCAGAACACCUCUGAUGCGUUGAUGUGCAAAAUCUUUCCCUUUACUCUCCGAGGUAAUGCUCGAACCUUAUAUUACAGUCUACCUCCGAGGUCAAUCAGCUCUUAUACAGAAAUGGCAUCUGCUUUUGCCACAAAGUUUUCCAGUAAAAGGUUGAUCAGGAAAACUACUUCUGAGCUGAUGGGAGUUAAACAGAGGGACGGAGAAUCUCUGAAGAAUUAUAUGAGCAGAUUCAAUGAUGCCGUACUGGAGAUCAAGAAUAAGAUGGAUUUGAGACGACCUGGAACAACGAGAAGCUCCACUGCUACACGUGACCAUACCAGAGAGGUCAAAUAUCAAAACCAAGCUCAGAAAUGGAAAUUUGACGAUGCUGACCGGAAGAAUCAACCCAUUACUUUCACAUCUGCUGAUUUCGACACAGUUGUUAUACCCCACAAUGAUCCUCCAGUCACUUCUGUCAUGAUUAAUAACUGUGAGGUACAACGUGUCCUUGUUGACACCGGGAGUGCACCAGACAACAUGUACUUCCACUGUUUCGAGAGUCUCGGACUGGAUUUAGCUUUGUUGCAACGAUACGAUGGUCCCAUCUAUGGAUUCAACAACCAACCAGUUCAGGUAGAAGGAAUUCUUACCCUCCAUGUUGCUUUUGGGAGUGGCCGAACAUAUGUCACCCCUUCAAUUCGGUUUCUAGUUGUCAAGAUGGCGUCCUCUUUUAAUGUUGUUAUUGGCCAACCCACGCUGACUGAAAUCCAAGCUGUGGUUUCCCAAUCUCACCUCUGCAUGAAGUUCCCAACUCCUAUGGGGAUAGCAACACUACAAGGCAACCAGAAGGUGGCUAGACAUUGCUAUAUCACCUCCGUCACAAGACCUAACAAAGACAAAGAACAGACACUGGAGGAUAUUCCCCAACGGAUUCCUGAUAAUCAGCAAGUCAUGAGAGUUGAGAUAGUAGAUAACCGACUUGAAGAUGAAACCAGAGCUUCUCCAGUCGAGGAUGUUGAGGAGGUGCACAUUGACGACAGAGAUCCAAGCCGAAAGACGCAAAUUGGAACUCGAUUGAACCCAGAAGAAAGAGCAGAGCUAAUAGUUUUUCUCCGAGCUAACAAUGAUGUCUUCGCUUGGACUUCGGCAGACAUGCUAGGAAUUCCAACUUCGAGGCUUAAGGCCAUAAAGGAAGAGGUAGAGAAGCUUCUACAAGCUGGUUUCGUUAGAAAAGUUGACUAUUGCGAAUGGGUGGCUAACCUAGUACUGGUAAAAAAGGCAAAUGGAAAUGAGAGAUUAAGUCUCUCGGAUGCAUAUUCGGGGUAUCACCAGGUGCCGAUGGCUCCAGAAGACGAAGAAAAAACCUCGUUCUAUGUUGGUGAUGAAAUCUAUUACUAUGUCAUGAUGCCAUUUGGCUUAAAGAACGCAAUUGCUACUUAUCAGAAAAUGGUGACUAUCGUCUUCCGAGCUCAGAUCGGCAGGAAUCUGGAAGUUUAUGUCGAUGACAUUGUGGUAAAGAGCCUGAAAGCAGAAGACCAUCUAACUGAUCUUGACGAAACUUUCAACAACCUUAGAAAGAAUAGAAUGCAGUUAAACCUAGCCAAAUGCAUCUUCAGCGUGGAAUCUGGAAAAUUUCUAGGCUUCAUGGUUUCCCGAAGAGAAAUUGAGAUUAUGAGGUCAGCCGCUCAGAAGGACGAAUCAAGCAAACAGAAAAAGUUUGAAUGGAAUCAAGAAUGCCAAGCCGCAUUCGAGGAGCUGAAGUCUUAUCUUAGCUCACCACCUCUACUGACUAAGGCUAUAGAUGGAGAGGUUCUCUAUUUGUAUCUGGGAAUUUCAGACGAAGCUAUUAGUUCGGUUCUGGUGAGAGAGGAAGCCAAACAACAAAAGCCAAUCUAUUACAUUAGUAGCGUACUGCAUGGUGCAGAACUGAGGUAUCCUAUUGCUGAAAUAGCAGCAUUAGCAGUUGUCACUUUGGCCAGGAAGCUGAGGCUAUAUUUCCAGUCACAUCCAAUCAUCACCUUAUAUGUUGCUGGAGCAUCUAGUAGCAAGGGUUCAGGAGCUGAUGCUCUCUUAAUUGGCCCAGAUGGAUACCGAAGCGAACAUGCUCUGAAAUUUAACUUUGAUGCAAUAAACAAUAUGGCUGAGUAUGAGGCUUUACUACUUGGUCUGCAACUAGCAUUAGAGUUGAAAGUCAGGGCGAUCCAAGUGUACAAUGACUCCCAACUUGUAGUUAAUCAAGUCAACUCAAUCUGCGAAGUCAUUGAUCCUGUGAUGAUGAAAUAUGUAGCCUUGGUGGCCGAGCUGAAGUGCAAAUUUCAGAAAUUCUGUUUGAACAAAAUUCCCCGAACUGAGAAUGAACAAGCAGAUUCACUCUCUAAAUUUGCCUCUGACAGCUCUUUAAGCUCCAGAUCAGUUUUUGUUGAAAUCUUAGAUGAACCAAGCUUCAUAAAGCCAAGAAUGAUGGAGAUCAGCACAGACUCGGACACACCGAGCUGGACUGACUCAAUCACCUCCUUUUUAUGAGAUGGGAUAGUACUUGAAGAUAAGAAAGAGGAAAUGAGGUU